AUGGCGGAAAAAAUCGAAUCCUCGAUUGAAAACCUAUGGCAGGACGUGAGAGAACUAAGCCUAGGCAGCCCUCCCCACGUCGACAACCUACCCGCCCCACCCACCCCCCUCCAAUUCCUCCGCCGUUACGUCGCCGCCAACAAACCCUGCCUCAUCUCCGCCGCCGUCCCUGACUGGCCCGCGCUCUCCCUUUGGCCCUCCACCGACUACCUCCGCACCGCCCUCUCCACCACCCCCGUCUCCCUCCACCUCACCCCCACCGGCAGAGCCGACGCUCUAGCCCCCCACCCCUCCGACCCCUCCGCGCUCUGCUUCGCCUCCGCACACGUCGAAACCCUACCCUUUCCCGAAGCUCUGGACUCAGUUCUCGCGUCGGAUGACGAGGCGAAGAAAGUGGCGUACCUGCAGCAGCAGAAUGACUGCUUCCGCCGCGAGUAUGGAGCGCUUGCGGCGGAUUGCGAGGAGCACGUGCCGUGGGCGACGGCGGCGCUGGGAUGCGCGCCGGAGGCGGUUAAUUUGUGGAUCGGGAAUCAUUUCUCGGAGACAUCGUUCCAUAAGGAUCACUACGAAAAUCUCUAUGUUGUGAUCACUGGGGAGAAGAAAUUUCUUUUGCUUCCGCCUACCGAUUUUCAUAGAAUGUACGUUCGCGAAUAUCCGGCCGCCAAGUAUGCCUGUGAUCAGGAUAGUGGAGAGUUCUCGCUGGAGUUAGAGGAUCCAAACUCGAACGCGCCAUGGUGUAGUGUGGAUCCAUAUCCUUUGCCUCAAGAUAAGCGGAGAGAAAUGGAGAAGUUUCCCCUGUAUUUCAAUGGACCAAAGCCAUUUGAAGUUUCUGUUAAGGCGGGCGAGAUGCUUUAUUUGCCGAGCAUGUGGUUUCAUCACGUUAGACAGAGCCUAGACGACACGGGCCUCACUAUUGCCAUAAACUACUGGUAUGAUAUGCAAUUCGACAUCAAAUACGCCUACUUCAACUUCCUGCAAUCUAUCCCCAGUACCUUAUUUGAGGAUCCAUCACGGUGUAGAUUGAGAAAUGACAAAGCUCGUCCUGGCAUAUCUUUGUGCAGCUCAGGAGAAGUAUCGGAUAUUGAAGUGUCUCAUGACACUAGAGGUGCCGGUGAUGAUGAAAACUACUGAUUGGUGCUGAGUUACACCUUCUGUAGUAUUUGUGACGAUACGAAUUGAGCUAGGAGCCUGUUCGGGUUUUGGAUAUGCUGCUGUCGGAUCUUUUCCUUGAGAUGGAGCUUCUCGUUGAUACAGAUUGAUGCUCAAAGCUGGAUUCAAUGCAGAAGUGGGUAGCUCAUAUUGAAGGCCUAUAGUUCAAGUUCCACCAAAGUGUGUUUUAUUUAAUUUUUUAUAUUGGUUUAGUUUGUGCUCCUAGUUUCGUGAUUAUUUGUAGUAAUUGAUAUAUUCAAUUCAUUAUAUACUCUAUUUUUGUAUUCAUCUAUAAAAGGCGAUACAAUUUUCAA